AUGUCUGCCUACUCCACCCGCGUCAUCGGCGCCCCCAACACCCUCGAGCACCGCGUCUACAUCGAGAAGAACGGCGCCCCCGUCUCCUCGUUCCACGAUGUUCCUCUCUACGCCAACGAGGCCAAGAACGUCUACAACAUGAUUGUCGAGAUCCCCCGCUGGAGCAACGCCAAGCUCGAGAUCUCCAAGGACGAGGAGUUCAACCCCAUCAAGCAGGAUAUCAAGAAGGGCAAGCUCCGUUUCGUCCGCAACUGCUUCCCCCACCACGGUUACAUCUGGAACUACGGUGCUCUCCCCCAGACCUGGGAGGACCCCACUCACAUUGACCAUGACACCAAGGCUCGUGGUGAUAACGAUCCUUUGGAUGUCUGCGAGAUCGGUGAGGCUGUCGGCUUCACUGGCCAGAUCAAGCAGGUCAAGGCUCUCGGAGUCAUGGCUCUCUUGGAUGAGGGCGAGACUGACUGGAAGGUCAUUGUCAUCGAUGUCAAGGAUCCCUUGGCUGACCAGUUGAACGACAUUGCCGAUGUCGAGAAGCACCUCCCUGGAUUCAUCGAUGCCACCCGCGAGUGGUUCCGUGACUACAAGAAGCCCGAUGGCAAGCCCGCCAACGAGUUCGCCUUCGACGGCGCCGCCAAGGACAAGGCCUACGCCGUCAAGGUCAUCCACGACACCCACGCCGCCUGGAAGAGUUUGAUCACCGGCGAGAUCCCCUCCAAGACCGAGACAUACGACAUCAAGGUUGCCAACGUUUCCGUCGAUGGCCCCUACAAGAUCGGCGCUGACCAUGAGGUCGUCAAGAGCAUCCCCGCUGCCGCCCCCAAGCCCGCUGCACCCAUCGACCCUUCAGUCGACAAGUGGUUCUAUGUCAGCAACAUGUAA